UGGCAAAAGUUCUGUUAUAUUUACCAUAAGUAUGUCUAUAUUACUUCAGGCACUGAAAGAAUGGCGUGUUGUGGGUACGUACGAAGAAAAGCAAGAUGAAGAUACAAACGUUAGUUCAACUGGUAUCGCUGAAAUCCAGGUCGACAACUUGGAAUGCAAAGCAAGACCACUGGAGUUCAAUCCCGACCAACACCAGAUCCUGAUUUCAGAAUUCAAAUAUCUAUACACGGCUCUAACUAGAGCUCGGGUCAAUGUUUGGUUGUUUGAUGAGAAUGAAGAAGCCAGGGCUCCAAUGUUUGAAUAUUUUCAGAAACGUGGCGUAGUUGACGUGAAGCACGUGGAAGAUGGAAUGGCUUCUGUUGAAGCAAUGUUUGCUCAGAAGUCUGGUAAAGAAGAAUGGAAGAAACAAGGUAUCUCCUUUUACGGAAAAGGAAAGUGGGACCUUGCUUUGCAAUGUUUUGGCAUGGCUGAUGAAGAGAUGUGGAUGAAAAAGUGUCGUGCACAUGAACAAGCUGCCAAGGCUGCUAAACUGACGGGUGAACAUCGCAAGGUGAAAUUAGAGUUUAUGAAAGCUGCUCAUCUCUUUUUGCAGUGUGAUAUGAAAGAUGAAGUAGAGAAAUGCUUAUAUCAUGCGCGGGAGCCUAAUCUUCUGGCGAAGUUACGUGAAAAUCUAAGAAUGUAAGUGUAUUAACAACCAAUGACAUGUAGGAUGCGAGAAGCUAGUGUUACCGAUUGAGACAUUGAGCUUCACUGGAUUCAUAUGCAAACGAUUUUUUUUGUAUGAAGCGUUAUUUACCAUCAAAAAAGGUCAAGUGCUGAAAUUCGUUAUUCGUUAUAAUGAAUUUCAGCACUUGACCAUUACUUUUUUGAUGGUAAAUAACGCUUCAUACAAAAAAUUCGUUUGCAUAUGAAUCCAAUUGCUAUUUCGCUUAAAAAAUGUAAUAUAAUUUAAUUGUCAGUGAUACAAACGAAAAACAACGUAUGAGUAAAAUUAUUAUAUUUCCUUCUUAUUUCAAUAAAGUGGUCGAUCUUGCAAGCUGUAGCCUACGUUCUUUUUG